AAACUAUAAAUUAAAACCCUAAAACAACGUUGGUCCGUUUGGAAGUUGUUUGCACUGAACUACACGGGAGAAACCCGCUGCCGGAAUCGGUCGUUCGCCGCCGCGAAACAGUUUGAAAGUUCAGCUUUUAAUACACGGUUACGGUUCAGUAGGUUAGAAACUGAGAAUGGAGGAAGAGAAUAAAGAAAUUGAAUCAUUUAAGGAUUUGGGCUUGAAUGAGUCAUUGGUGGAAGCUUGUGAAAAGCUGGGUUGGAAGAAUCCGCUUAAGAUUCAAAUAGAAGCAAUUCCUCAAGCUCUACAAGGGAAAGAUGUGAUUGGAAUUUCCCAAACGGGUUCUGGUAAAACUGGAGCUUUUGUUCUUCCUAUAUUACAUGCACUCUUAGAAUCACCAUAUUCUCUCCGGAACAAUUUCUUUGCUUGUGUAAUGUCUCCCACAAGGGAGCUUGCUUUUCAAAUUGCUGAACAAUUUCAAGCUCUAGGUUCUGAAGUAGGUGUCAAGUGUGCUGUGCUUGUUGGACAGAUUGACAUGGUAAGACAGGCCAUCGAGAUUGCAAAGCGACCUCAUAUUAUUGUCGGGACACCUGGACGAGUCUUGGAUCACCUAAAAAACACCAAAGGAUUUUCUCUUGAUAAACUGAAAUACUUGGUCUUAGAUGAGGCAGACAGACUGUUGGAUGAGGACUUUGAGAAAACGCUUACUGAAUUCUUAGAAUUUAUUCCUCGUGAGCGGAGAACAUUUCUUUUUUCAGCCACGAUGACAAAGAAGGUCCAGAAGCUCCAAAAGGCUUGCUUAAGGAAGCCUGUGAAGAUUGAAGUAUCAUCCAAAUAUUCUACUGUGGACACACUGAAGCAGCAGUAUCUCCUUGUGCCGGCAAAACAUAAGGAUUGCUACCUUGUAUACAUUCUCACUGAAAUGGCUGGAAGUACAUCAAUGGUAUUCGCCGAGAAAUGUGAGACAACAUGGCUUCUGGCUUUGAUUCUUAAAAAUCUUGGUUUGAAAGCAAUCUCAAUUAACGGUCAUGUGAGUCAGCCGAAGAGACUUGAAGCCUUGGAGAAAUUCAAGUCUAGGGAGUGCAAUAUUCUCGUUUGUUCUGACGUAGCCAGUAGGGGACUUGAUAUUCCAGCGGUAGAUAUGGUGAUUAACUAUAGUAUUCCCAAAAGCAAAGUUUAUGUACAUCGUGUGGGAAGAACCGCUCGUGCAGGGCGGUCUGGAUUUGCCAUUUCCCUUGUGAACCAAUACGAAGUGGCAUCGUACAUGAAGAUAGAGAAGUUUAUAGGCAAGAAGCUACCAGAGUAUCCUGCAGAGGAAGCGGAAGUUUUGUUUUUGAAAGAGCGCGUUAGUGAGGCCAAAAGAUCAGCAGACAAGGAAAUGAAGGAAUCCAGCGAGAAGAAGAAACGGAGGAGUGAAGGAGAUUUUAGUGAAGAGGAUGAGGACGACUUUGACAAAUACUUGGGUGUCAAAAAUAAAAAUUCUUUCAAGAAGUUGAGAAGAUGAUAAAUUAAUAGUUAAAUAUAUUUUUGGACUUUAUAAAAUUGGGACAUUUUAAGUUUAGUCCUUGUUAAUUUUUAAUAGGUAAUUUAGUCCCUCAUAAAGGGUGGUUAACAAAAAUGGUCCCUAGUGUUAAAAUUGUACUAUAAAAAACAAGAUAAAUAUUCAAUCUUGCCACAUGAAUACACUUUUUAAAUGACUAGUGAUUAAUCAA